UUUUAUGACGACAGGAAGGCAGCAUAACAUCCGACAGCAGUAACAGUUACGGCUUUACCCUUUAGCUUUAGCUUACUCAUCAGAAGCACUGGAGGUGUCGUUCAAAGAUAUUUCAUCUCAUUAUGUCAGCCCUCGGUCCAGAAGGUUCUGGUGAAGCGUCAGGCAAUAGGCGCUUGCAGCAAACCCAGGCACAGGUGGAUGAGGUGGUGGAUAUAAUGCGUGUUAAUGUGGACAAAGUGUUGGAACGUGACCAGAAGCUGUCAGAACUGGAUGACAGAGCAGAUGCAUUGCAGGCUGGAGCUUCCCAGUUUGAGACCAGUGCUGCUAAGCUGAAGAGGAAGUACUGGUGGAAGAACUGCAAGAUGUGGGCCAUCCUGAUAGCUGUCAUAGUUAUCAUCAUUGCCAUCAUUAUUAUUUGGAAUUACUCGUAAAACAGAACAGGAGCAGGAAACGAUGAAGAAGACAACAGGAGCAAUGUACAUAUUUAUGGUCUCAGAGGAGGAGUUCAUAUGAUUACCUGCUACUGAGCUCCACAACAUAUUUCCCCUUCUGCAGGGGUCUUCAUUCCUUGUGCUGGACUGCCGUGUGUGUGUGUGUGUGUAUGGGCAUUUACACAUGUGCCUGAUUAAAGGAUUGUCAUAAUACCAGUGUUUUACCACACAAUACUACACUAUACUAAACAUCAAUAAAUUUACAUCAGUGCCAUGCCACGUGCCAAAGAAAACUAACGUAUACACAAACAGACUCAUAAUUAAACCUUAAUCAUCUUAAACUUUAAAAAUAAAAAGAGUAUAAAUGAGCUAUCUUUGUGUGAUAAAGUGCACACGCACAUCCACACAUGUUCCACCCUCAGGACUGGAGGUGAAGAAUAUAGGUGUAAAUGCUCCUCAGCUUAAAUUACUUUGUUUUAAUGUAUUAGUAGCCAUUGAUUUUGUGUGCCAGGCUAAAAUAAGUGCCUUUGAAUAUAGAAGUUGACUGUUAGAUUAAAUUGUAACAGUAAUUCUGCAUAUCAUUAAAAAUCUGCCCUUUCAAACACAUACAUACUUCUGCUUUUCAAAGUAUAAAGCCAGUAUUUAGAUUUUUCUCAUUUAAAAAAAUGCACUGGUUGUUUGAGAAUGUUUAAAGAAUCUACAGAGCUAAGUAGUAACACACUCCUGAACCUUUCAACUGAUAAUUCCUGUCCUUGUCCAUCUUUCUUGCAGGCAGGACUAAGUAUAUUAUGAACUUGUGUUUUGGUAAGUGCCUAUAGGCUUAGACCAACAGUUCCGCAGCCUGACAAAGUCUGGACGGAACGCGUCAAUGUUUAAAAAAAAAAAAAAAAAAAAAAAAAAAGUUACACUGGGUCUGAAACAUGAAUUGUCUUAACUGGGUUCUCUCCAGGAAGUGCCAGAACGUUUGCCGUCAUGAAAUAUUGAAGCACAACAAAGCAAGAAUAUAUAGUUUUAGACGGAUGCAUCAGUAGGUUUCUCCAAUGGAGAACCUACACAAAUGAAUGCACCUACUGUCUAAAUAUAUUU